AUGACAUUAUCCACGACAAUGCAUGCCAGUAAAUUUGCAAGUAAAUGGGCCAGCGUUCUUGCCGGCACAAGCUACAACUUGGAUAUUUUUGAUCCGCAACCGUGUGCCGUUGGCUUCCUUACGGCCUGCCAAACUGCGGAAGCUGUGGAGUGCGACGCGCGCGUUGAGCACAUCGCUUCUUCGCAAGGUUUCUUUCCACGAGUCUGCCCAGUCGACGCCUCGUGGCAUCCGGACGGCUUUCCACGUGGCCCUAUCGCUUGCGACGAGCUGGAUGCACUGCUUGAAGAGCUCGCCCGGGACGCCUCCUGUCCUUACCUUCGAGAGCUCACGGUGCCCAGCCUCAUAACGGAUCCCGUGACGCAACCCUGGGAUUACGGCCCCGCCGCCGCCGCCACCGCCGCCGCCGGCCCCGCCACUGGCACGAUCUUUAUUAAGCCAUCAGGCCUGGCGGACCGCGAAUGGAUGCUAGGCCUAGAGCCCCUGCCGCGGUGCUCAAUUGUGGACGCACAGCACACGCACGCGGCACACGCCCAACACGCCAAGGCGGCUUGGACCAGUAUGUUGCUGAGCUACAGCGACUCGAUAUCCGGAUCGAGGGCUGAAAUCGCGGUGCAGUGCAGCUCUAUGGCAGCAGGAGCAGCAGAGGCGGCGGUAACAGGGGAUACGCAGCCCUGCAGCCCUCCUUUCGCCGCAGUGCUUGCCGCUAUAGAAGGCAGCGGCUCUGGAAGCAGCAGCGGGGUGGCGUGGGCUGACAGCGGUGACGCGCACGUAGCGCCGCAUGGCCUGAUGUUCUUGUCACAAGGCACGCGCCGCAGGUCGCGCCGGGCGUUGACAUCGCGGAAUGUGCAACCCGGCGCCGGCGCCUGUGCCAUAAACUCUGCACCAGGCGGCACUGGCGGUGACCAAGGGUGUCGCUGCGUCCCAGAAGAAUCCGUACAAGAGCCGUACAAUUGCAGGCAACGGUGUGUGUACGGCGGCGGCGUGCAGAUACAUGCAGAGAACAUGGUGUCCACCGGCAAGGGGGGCUAUACCGACCAGCCGGCCGCCAAAGGUACGCAGCAGCAGGAGCUCUGGCUGUCUAGGGGCCUUCGUCGCCUGAGGUCAUUCGUCAGGAUGAGGGGCAGCAGUGGCAGUCCGUCAAGGCCAGGUAUCACGGCUGCUGCCGCCGACACUGCCGCGGCAGCAGCAGCAGCAGCAACCGCAGAAGCAGCGGCGGCGGGUGCAACGAUUACGCAGUCGCUGUCGCCGCCGCGGAGGCCUGCUACUGCUCACUGUGGCGCCGCCACCGCUGUAACUACAGCCGGCCUGCCCCACCACAAUGCGGGCCGCACCAGUAACCGGAGUCGCUGCAACCGCGGCGGCGACGGCACCAGCGGCGAGGCACCAGCGGCAGUCAUGCCGGCGGCAACCGAGGCACUGAAGAGCCAGGUCAUGCUGUUCACUGCUCGGCUGAGAGGAAUUCAGACCGCCAGGCGAAAGUCACAAUAG